AUGGGCCUGUGCCGAGUGUGGUACAACCUCCUCUUUAUGGGCCUGCCUUAUCUGUGGUCACAUCGGACCCAGUACUCAGGCGUGCGCAAGCUGCGUUCCGGACGUGUCGUGCGCACUGAUCCUGACGCUGGACUGCCGCUGCGCACAGGCGUUUAUGCGGACUCGGACCGCACAGCUACAGCCCAGCGCCACUUUGAAAACAGCUUGCUGGCAAAAGUGCUCAUGGCCUGGCACAAGCACGCCGCCGCUACCCGCACAAGCAGCGCCAACAACUCUGGGAGGCCUUUAGCGAGUACCUCUGCUUCGCCGGCGUUUCGACGGCUCAGUGCUGCCAAUCGCACCUCUCUCCACAGCCUCGCUCAUACUAACAAGCCAGGCAUGACCGGCUUGCGUAACCUGGGUCAAACCUGCUACAUGAACGCGGUUCUUCAGGCGUAUGCUCACGUGGACAUUAUUCGGCGCCUGCUGUACGAGCUUGUCCUUUCUGGUGCAUUUGCAUCCGUGGGUGCAACGAGCGGUACAUCGCCUUCCGUGGCGACCCGCCCUAUUCACAAGAUCGAGCGUCAACCCACAGUCCAGGUUCACGAGUUGAUGGAAGCACCACAAGUUUCCCUGCAGUCUCACCGACGAAAUGCCCGCAAGAAGCCCAAAGUCGAUGCAGACACAACAGAUUUGGACAAGCCCUUUGUUUAUUUGAUCGAGUCACUUUUUCGCGUCCUCUGGUCGGGCCGUUGGGUCCUCGUGACCCCAAACUGGUUGCUGGCCACUGUGUGGAAGCGUGUUCCACAAUUUCAAGGUUUCAUGCAGCAAGACGCCCACGAAUUUCUGAUGACCCUGGAUGAGCGUAUCAUGACCGAGCUUGAACAGCGGCGACUUUCUCGGCGCUUGAGUCAACCACACUUUGAGUCGACCGGCACUCCCACCUCGCGUGUUUCUGCUGAGCGCACUGGAAGCAAUGCUGGUGCCCGCCGCGUUGGUUUGACCCGCGGUGAAGCUGGUGUUGAGUCAGUCUUGCCGGCGGGCUCCACCGAAGCAUCGCCACGACGAGCUCGCGCGACUGCCGAGGAUGGCACACCGCACACUCCAGCGAUGCGCACGAGCCAGUCGGUAACAGGUCUGGGCUCUACCAUGGCAGCCGUGACGACGACACGCAACGCUCAAAAGUACACAAGACUCAUCAGCGCGCCGCAAGUUCUCAAAAUACAUUUGAAGCGCUUUCGCUGGCAGCAAACGGACCGAUGCAAGCUCCAGUACCAUGUUGCCUGCCCCUUGGUGCUGGACCUGAGUCCAUACUUGGCUGCAGAUCACGAGGGCACCCCAAAGCCCAUUGCCUCGCGUGGCACGGCGCUUUACGACUUGAUGGCUAUGGUUGUGCACGAAGGCAGCAGUUUGACGGCGGGUCAUUACAAGGCUUUGGUGUACAAUCCUACAAUAGGCGCUUGGGUGGUCAAGAACGAUGCUCGUGUUAGCGUGACGACGGCUGAGGAUGUGCUCGAGCGUCAAGCCUACAUCCUGUUUUAUGUUCAACGGCAAGCCAAUAAGAGUGCACGCUACGACCUCUCUAAUGUACCUCCAACCCCAGCGCCCAAGCUGGGCUAA